AUGUUGUGGCCUGCUACGAAUCAAUUCAAAGAUAUUCCCAUUCCACAAUAUUUACAGGAGGGAUAUCUUGAUGAUAUGGAGUUUUGUGCUUUUGAUGAUGAAACAGCAACUGCAGCUAUCAAGUUCAAAAACAGGGACACUGUUCUGAGACUCGUUUGCGCAAAGGAUCUUCUGAGAUUUAGGGAGAGAGACAUUCAAACCCUAGCUCCUCACCAAAUUAUUUGUAGAAAAGAUGUCAUGGAGGUUGUUGCGAAGGAAUUCACUAGAAUGGUCGCCUCUAUCAUAAAUGGAAAGCUAUGGAUGGGAUCCAAGGGGGUGAUUGAUGGUCUUUGA